ACGUUGCAGAAAAUCAUGCAAUUUGCUCAGUCCAUAAAAAUGGACUAGAAGGCCAUAAAUAGUAAUAUGUACAUGCACUUUCAAUGCUUUGAAGAUAUAUGGCCAAUUUACUCUGAAAUUGCACUUUUCUCUGUACAAUCCAGCCUAGUAAUUGCACAUAAUCAUGCAGGCCAUGUCCUUAUCAGGAUAUAACCUCUACAACCAUCCUCGUCUCUUUUCUUAAUGAGUCAUCAGAGUCUGACUAUGUCCUUGUUUCUCCUUCUUCCUCACAUGUUGCCCUCGCCCCAGGUGUGCGUGUCUACUCUGGUGACAGUGAGCACAAUGGCCGUGGUUGACCUCUACCUGCUGGAGCAGAGCAUGCUGGGACCUCGAGGCGGAGCCCGUCCUGCAGUAUGGCCAUGUGUCGCUGUCGCGCUGGGCGACCUGUGUUUCCUGCUGGCGCUGCGCUUCGUUUCUGCCGGUGUGGUUUCGGAGGCUCGCUCUCCCCGCCGGGGCUUCGCCAACGCUCUCUGGUUUCUUUUCCUCUCGCUGCUGCAGUUGAAACUUUUCUUUGUGUGUCAGAACUACAGACAGGAGAGACGACCCCCGGAUCCUCUCGCCCGCAAGACUCUGACACUUUUACUUUCGGUGUGCCUGCCCUCGCUGUUUCUCAUCCUGACAGGAGCAGACUACAUGACUCCACUCCGCAGGAAGCAGGAGGUGCGCAGCCGGCUUCUGUGGGUGGUGGUUGACUUGCUCGAUGUGUUGGAUCUGCAAGCCGGGCUGUGGGAGACGCAGGGAAGCGUGGGGGUUCCUCUUUGGGUGGAGGGUAUAGUGUUCUUUUACUGUUAUGUGCUGUUGCUGUUGCUGCCAUGCGUGUCGCUCACGGAGCUGGGUGCCACUGCACUGCCUGGGCUCCAGGCGGCUCGGAAGGAGGCCAUCUAUCCGUGGCUCAGCCUGGUGACCAUUAACCUGUUCACGCUCGUGCCCAGAGGGGUCGGGAUGCUGUGGUACAGGGACCCACGGGUGUCCACGGUGUUCCUGGGAAAAAACCUGCUGGCUCUUGCGGUAAAGUUGAGCUCCGCCUGGGAGAGGCACAGAAAGGGCAGUCGAGGGAUGCAGGGCGCAGGAGCCGCCACAGGAACUGGAAAUCAGACUCAAGGGGAGGCAUCGGAGCAAGCCACGGAGCAGGAGCAAGAGUGCACAUCUCCAGUGUCGUCCUCUACUCGCUACCACACGCUCUCACGCACUCACGGACACAGCCACUCACUCUCUCACGUCAGCCUAGACCCCACUGAGACCUCACUGGGACCGGCUUACAUUUCCCAUGAGCUCUAGAGGUCAUGAAAGAGCCCUGAAACUGCCUACAACUGGAAUUUGUAGGCUCAUAACUAUCCCUGGAGUCUCUGUGCUUUUGGCAAGAUUAGCAGAGAUAACUCAUCGUAUUAGCACACAUUGUAGUUUGUACAGCUGAUGAUUUGUAAAGCCAAACACGAGCAGCCUGCUGUAGUGUGUAGCUCCCAGACAAAAAUGAUAAUGAGGAAAAGGGGGGAGCUGUUUUAAUUAAGUGCCUUCUUAAAAGAGCAACAAUUAAUAUUGUUACUCUUGUUCGUUUUGGUGUUCAUCAAGGACUUGAAAUAAACCAUGUACUGUGAAGCAUGACCACUGUUAAUAUUCUACUCUGUAAAAUAAAAAUGUUUCAUAGA